AUGUUCAAUCGCGUUCUCUGGAGGCAGUUUAUAGCCAAGCUGAAUGGGGAUCAGUCUAGUCUUGCACUAAUUGCGACUAUGGUGCUCAACGCAAAUGUUGCUUUUCUUGCCCUUGUUGUCGACGAUGCACUGUCAAAAACAUUCAGUUACAUCUCAGCAAUGACUAGCGUUGGGGUAAUGAUUCUGGGACAGUUACUGGUCCACCAGCAUCAAAGGAGGGAUCAGAAUUCGGCUGAGAAGGCGUCAGAACGAUCAGUGACUGAUCAAGUAACGAUGGAUGAGGCAGAAAUACUGAAAGGGAUAUCGUGCAUGGUCGAAGAACUCCUGGUUCCAGACGAGGCUAUCUUCCUGUAG